CCACGUCAUUGAUUGUCAAGCGCUACUAACGUCCUCAAAACAAGAGGAGGAAGAAGAAGAAGAAGAAGAAGAAGAAGAAGAAGAAGGCGGUCCAGUUAAGUUGGAAAACAAGCUAUUUUGCAGAAUCCUUGUUUGACGCAGUGAGGAUGGAGGAGGAAGAGACGGAGAUAAGCAAGGAAGAGCUCCAGAGCUGGAUCGCCGAUGAGGUUCACAAGGCCAGACUCACCUCCCCGGGUAUUCUUAAGAAAUACAGUCUGCUGCGAUCGCUGCUUGAAAGGAGGCAGAGACAGGCUACCAGGUUUUUGCAGCUCUGCCAGUCUUUGGUGGUAUUUGAGAACACUGUGAAAGAACUGUACUCACAGCUGGGAUUGGAGUACACUUGCUUGGAUUCUGAGAGCGACGACGACGACGCUGAACCCACGAGCUGCAGACGCACUUUACCGUUUUUGUUCGUUUCUUCGGAGCAUCGCAUCCACGGGCCUUCUGCUUCCAGGGUGUCAACUCCUCGUUUAUCAACACCAGACGUUGAAGAAGAUCAGGAGGAAACUGUUAAUCAAAAAAGCCCAGUGGUCGUUGUAAACAAAGAAGCUGUGGUGGUUUUACAUAAGCUUACCACGUCUCAGAUUGCUGCUACUGCAAGCCCGCCUUUGCCUGAUGCUGACGACGUUGAAGAUGCAGAUCGGAGCUUCGGCAAGUCAGACGGGGAGUGGAAACCGGACAGAGAGAUGAGCGACUCAGAAUAUUCUGUGUCAGAUUUUGGUGCCCGAUCAAACAGAAAGAGAAAACUUAAAAGCACAGGAACGCAUGAGAAGCUCAACUCAGCUUCCAAAAGAAGCAGAAAGUCUCCUGCUAAGGCAAAGAGGGCAAAGAGAUCAGCGUCUUCAGCCAGUACAAACAAGAAAGGCGACUGUAGCGUCUCAGAGACGUCAGGUUUACCAGCUAAUUCAGAUGGUGAUGCUGAAAGCGGCCAAAGAGACACCAAGGAACGUCCGUCCAGCUCUAGAAAAACAACAAAGUGUCUCACCUCUGGAACAAAACGGAUACCCCAAAGCAGUGCUAAAACCACAACAACAACAACAACGGCGGCAAAAACGACAUCCCAAGCAGAGACGACAAAAACGACAACGGCGGCGAAAACGACAUCCCAAGCAAAGACGACAAAAACGACAACGGCGGCGAAAACGGCAUCCCAAGCAAAGACGACAAAAACGACAACGACGGCGAAAACGACAUCCCAAGCAAAGACGACAAAAACGACAACGGAGUCCAGCACGACAAGCCCCACAUGCCAGGCCACCGUAGCGCAGCCAGCAACAACGCCGCAGUCCAAUGCAGUCAGCGCUAAGAGCAACGCUGUAAUAACCUUCACACCGUCUGCAAGCAAUAGAGUAGUGACCCCUGUGAGCCAACAGAGCUCUAAAACCACCGGCAAGCCUCCAAGCAAGCCAAGAAUCGAAAUCAAGUUGAACAUGAACGUCCUGGCGAGAAGGAAACAUAUGUGCUGGCAACGAGGGAAAGUGGCAGAAAUAAUAACGAAAGAAAACGGCAAGGUGAAAUAUAAGAUCACCUUCGAGGAAAAGGGUAAAAGCCUUGUGUCCGGUCACCACCUCGCCUAUGACGGGUUGCCAAAGUUGGACGAGCUAUCCAUAGGUUGCCGUGUGGUGGUCCAGUGUCCGAGCGAGAAAGCCGAGUUCCAGCCCGGGAUAAUGGCCGAGCUCCCCGGUCGGAAGAAUCGCAUGAGAUUCCUGGUGUACACUGACGAUCACACGCCCAUGUACGUCGGCUUACCGGCACUUCGUCUGGUGUACAAACCCUUGGCAGAUCCUUUAGAUGACAUUCUUGAUGAACAUCACAAAGAAUUUAUUAGAGAGUAUCUGAGAACCUGGCCUUACCCGCCUCAGACCCAGUACAAAAUCGGACAGGUUAUGCAGGCCGAAUACGAAGGUACCAUGCAGAAGUGUGAGGUCUUAACUGUCGACUGCAGCUUGAUUGAGGUCGUUUUUGAGAGUGAUCAACAUAAGGAGUGGCUCUACCGAGGCUCAUUGCGCCUGGAACACAUGAUCAAAAUGAAGUAUUCCAAGUGGAAGGAGGGCAACACAUGCACAUAGAAACCUCAUUGGUAAAAUGGUUUAUUUGCUGCAGGAACAUUAAAAUCAACCCAUAACAUUGAGAAGGAGUGUGUCGGGAAAGUCGCACAGCGUUCUCCCUGAUGGGGCCCACUAACCCCAGUGGCCCCACCUCCUCGCACGUGUGUUGCAGGGGCUUUUUGCGUCUUUGGAGCUUCACAAAACAUCUCCUCUACAUGCCUUACUCAAAAAAAAAAACUGAGUUUGAUCCUCCUAGCAAUUUCUUAAUUGCUUAAUUCUGAAUUUACACAUUUUUUUAAAGUUGUCAAAAGACAGAAAAUAUAUAUCAUGACAUAACUGUCUUCAAAGCUUAAAAAUAAAACCGGAAGUCUGGGUUAGGCUUGAGUCAUUGAUUUUAUAUUUUUUUAAUCAUUAUUAUUGUUUUGGAUUUUUUUUUUUUUUUUUUUUUGGGCUAGUGAAGGUUUUACUUCAUUAAAAUGCCAAAGACUCUUUUUAAUUGUGUGAAUAAAAAUAAGUAUUUUUAUUUGUUCACAUAUGCAUUUUAGAGAUUUGUGUGUGUUUAGUCAGUAUUUUUAUAUAAAAACCUUCACUUUUUCUUCUAAGUAUGAAUGAGUUCUGAAUUCACAAAUGUAUUCAGGAAGACGUCUAUCUGUAUUUAUUUGAGACAAAGGUGCAAGUUGAUGUAAAGAUGGGAGAAAUAACUGGUUUUCUUCAAGGUCUUAAAAACGUUAACUUUAUAUGCUACAUUUUAGACUCGAAACUGUUUUAAAUAUGCCAAGAUUGGGUCCAUUUUAUUGGGUCAUAGUUUUGGCUGUAGAUAUUGUUUAACAUCAAGUCACCUCGAGUGUUUUAAGAUUAAUGUUUUUAUUAAUUAUUUUCCUUCAACACUUGUUUUAAACCAAAUAGACAAAUCGGUAUCUGUGCAGCUUUCUUUUUGUUAUUGUACCACUGACUUCCAUUAAAAGAUGUGAUUUAUUUUAAUGACUUACAA